AUUACACCACACUCUAGCUAUAUAAUUGAUACAAGAAGAGAAACCACGUCCAGAUAAACACGAGUAACAGACCAAAAUGUCUUGCUUGAAUAAAUUAUCAGAAAUUUUGAAUUGCCGGCGCAUAUUAUGCCUCAUGGUCUUCAGCUCGUUCGUAAUGAACGCAGUUUUGAAAAUUAGUUUCAACAUAACAAUCGUGGCAAUGGUCCGAAAGGAGAACGACACAAAUCCCGAUUUGUUCGACUGGAACGAGGGAGAGAAGCAGAAUAUUUUGGGCCUGUUCUUUUGGGGCUUCGCCCUCACGAAAAUCCCAAGCGGCCGACUGGCUGAAACCAUCGGCUCGCGUAAAGUGACGGGUUGGUCGAUGGUUCUAGCCUCAAUUUUAACAAUUUUGACACCGAUCAUCUGCUAUUGGAAUUAUUACGUCUUGCUGACGUCCCGAGUGAUGAUGGGGUUUUUGAUUGGGGCCAGUUGGCCCGCAAUUAUGCCUUUGGCCGCCAAAUGGAUCCCCCCGAAGGAACAUUCCGUGUUUAUCUCAUGCCUGGCAUCCAGCGCAAUUGGAGUAGCCCUGACUUACCAUCUGAGUGGUUUCAUUAUAGCAGCAUAUGGGUGGCAAAGUGUGUUUUACCUUGCCGGAGGUGUCUCGCUUUUAUGGUCCUUUGCCUGGUUCUACCUCAUCUAUGACUCACCCCAGCAGCACCCAAGGAUUUCGCUGCAUGAAAAACACCUGUUGGAGUGCCAAAUCGAUAAAAGUUCCAAGCCAAAGCGACUACACUUCAGCCAAAUUCCCUGGAAGGAGAUUGUGACGUCUGGCCCAGUGUGGGCCAUCGUGGCGGGCCAAACGGCCACUUUUUUCGGCUUUACGACCCUGUGCACCCAAGGGCCGUCAUACAUGGACCAAGUGCUCCACGUGAACAUUGAACAAAACGGGCUCUUUUCCGGAAUGCCCUACUGGGGCGGAUACUUCGCAGCCCUCACUUCGGGAUACCUGGCCGAUGGUUUACGCAAAUCGAACCGUUUGUCAACCACAACCAUCCGAAAGCUAUUCGAAACAGUCUCACUUUUAAUCCCAAGCCUUUGCAUGCUGAGUCUGGCCCUCUGGGGGGACUCGACAGCCGUCGCUUUGACCGGAUUUACCAUCAGUUUGACCGUCAACGCGGUUAGUACAGCUGGUCAUUGUGCAAAUAUUUUGGACAUUUCGCACAACUAUGCCGGGACGAUUUGCGGUUUAGUGAACACCGUUUCAGCUUUUAGUGCCUAUUUCUCCACCAAACUUGUGGCACAACUGUUGCGGAAUGAUCACACGUUCCAAGAAUGGAGAUACCUUUUUGGGAUUUUGUUUGGGAGUUAUUUCUCCACGACUAUUAUUUAUUUGGUUUUGUGCUCCGGCAAUUUGCAGAAGUGGGACGAACACAAGAUGCAAGAGAGGAAGACAAAGAAUUACGAAAAUAAUAAUGAGCUGCAACUGCUCAGUGAGAAAAGUGUGCCAUAAAUAUAAUGUUCAGGUUUUUUGAUUUUGACUGAUGUAUCUACUUAUAUUAGGUAAACUGAGGCUUUUAUAUCUACAUAUUUUAUUGUAGCAUAAACUCCAAAUGUAUUAAUUGAUGUAUUCAAUAAUAAAAUCUUAUUUAGUUAAUUCAA